GUUCCCACAUAACAUGCAGCAAAUUAUGGCUGAUUUCCUCCUCCACUAUAAAUACUCUCUCUCACUUCCCCUUUUUCAACUCCUCCCUCUCCUUUCUCCUUUCUCCUACUCCACACAAUCCAAUCAAAUCCAAUCAAAUUCAAUCGAGUCUUAUCUCAGUCAGAUUCCUCCCCUCAGCCAACCCCAUAAUAAAAUAAAAUGGAAGUCGAACUAGUAAAAUGUGAUUGUUGUGGGUUAAAAGAAGAGUGCACAAUAGAAUACAUAGAAGCAAUAAAAGCAAAGUUCAAUGGAAAAUGGCUAUGUGGGUUAUGUUCAGAAGCAGUAAGAGAUGAAGUAAAUAGCACGGGUGUUGAAGAUGCUGUGCGCGCACAUAUGUCAUUUUGUAGCACUUAUAAGUCUAGUCCUGCUUCUAUAGUUGCCGAUGGUAUGCGCCAAAUGUUGAGGAAAAGAUCGGGAGAUUAUUCGGGUUCUUCUCGUAGGAGUUUUUCUUCUGCUUCUAGUAGUAGUCGUGUUACUAAAAAUUAUGGAAGAUCAACCAGUGCUUCUCAAGUUCUUUGAGUUUAUUUUUAUGAAUUUUAAUGGAUGUAAUAAGGUGUAAAAGUAAAACAGAUGUUUUCUGUUUCUUGAGAUUGGAUAAUGUAAUGGGUAAUUGAGUAUAGCUUCAGAUUAUUUUGGGCCUUCGCUUCA